CCGCUCAUCCCUGUGGUCUUUGCCAAACCCGAGGACGAGUUCGAACUUUCCGAUAGCAUGUCUAUUUCAUCAGACCAAUUACCCCAAACUUACAUCAAAAUUCAGACUCCGUCCGACAUCGAAAAUACAGGGCAGAUACCCUUGUCAGGUUUCUGUCCCGACAACGCGACACAGGAAGAGCAGCACAAGGAGUUCCUUGCCAAACUUGUGACCCGGUUGGUUUACACUUGUAACCACCUGCAGUCCGACCUGGUGAAUCUCCGACGGGCGGUGCGAAACCACAAGGAUCUGCACGAGGAUGCUACACGGGCACUUGAUUCCCAUGUGCAGGACUUGGAGCAAGUGGCACCAAGAGCAAAAGUUGGCGAGUCCAGCAAUGCACCCUCUACCCGCCAAUUGGAGGAACGAGUUGACCAUGUACUCGCAAUGCUCGGCGACAUCAGCACCUUCGCUGCAAUAGCCACCAUCAGCAAGCAACUGAACACCUUGAAGACCGAGGUUCAGCAACUGCACCAGCUGCCCAACAAGGAUGGCAACACCAGUGCGCAGCACUACAAGAUGCCGACAUUCCGCAUCGAAAAGUUCGACGAUUAUACGCAUCAAGACCCGGUCCCCUGGUGGGAGGGCUUUACGACGGAACUUCAGAUUCUUUUUGUCCCCGAGCACUCGUACAUCGACACGUUGUUCCUCAACUCAAAAGGCGGAUGCCAGAUUUGGCUCAGCCACCUGGCGUCCAUCCACGGCGUCCAGGUCGCCGAUCUACAUGAGAAGAUCUCUAGGGAAGAGUUGACGAGGCUAUGGAAGAAGCGGUUCAUCGUGGACGACGCCCCGAUGCUCGCCAUCAACCGACUCUUCAGCAUGACCCAAGGCAACACAUCGACAUGCGACUGGCUCACGGAAUGGCAAAAGAUCACUGUGACACCCGAUCUUGAGUUGCCAUUUUCGCAUCUGCGCCAGGAGUUCUACAACCGGUCAUGCGCCGCCUUGAGCCUCGCACUUGGUGAUCGCGAUCAAUACACGACCUUCGCCGAAAUCAUCGAUAAGGCAAGGAAGAUCAUCAAGACCAAUAGAGCGGCUGCACAUGAGAAGUCGGCAUGGCAACCAACCUAUGUGGAAAAAGGGAAAUUUGAUCCGCGUCCGCAACAUGUUGCUGCAGUCCAACCGGACAACAUUGUGGAAGACCCGGCAACCACCCAAGCAUCACGUGAGGGAGAUCAGGUGGCCACCGUCCAGCCGCGAAGCAACAACAACUCCCGUAAUAAAGGGAAGAUGAAAACAGCAUCGCCGAUAGGAAACGGAUAGCCAGCACCAUGGGUGAAGUUCAACUUGACCGAGGCCGAAUACAAGUACCACGGCCGAUACGGUUGUUGCUAUUGGUGCAAUAGCACCAAGCACAAGA